AUGGCGACCGAGCAGUACUCCCUCUUCCCGGAUAUCAAUGAUCGGAUGCCCCAUCCAGAAAGCACACACCACAGGUUGGAGGCUGAACUGGACACAUUCAAACAUGUACCUCAGUUCUGCCAUCAGACCCAAGUGCAGGUUCCCUAUUUUUUGGCCGCUGUGUGGGCAGUAAUCCUUCGUCAGUACACCAGGAAGGAGAGAGUAGUAAUGGGCCUUGAGUUCCUCAACGUGGGAGAAGAUGGAGCAAAGCCGCAAAGCCAAGCACUUUCUGCGCCACUUGUGCCAGACCAGAGGGUUGGCGAGCUCUUUCGGCCUGAGAGCUGGAGCCUGAGCCCCUGCACAACAUCGCAUCGAGCGUUAUUCAACACGGCUAUAGUGAUUGACCAGCAGGAUAGUUUUGAACAGACGCUUGAACUGGAAGAGACUUGCAGCAUUAUUCUUGUUGCAACAAACAUAGACAAGCAUCUAAAAUUAAAGGUGCGAUACAAGCCAUGGACAUUGUCGCCAGGCCACGCGCAGCUGAUGUGCGACUAUAUCAUUCACGCCAUCUCAUCAGUUAUCGAAAACCCUCAACAAGGCAUAGAUGACAUCUCAACUGCAAUACAACGCGGCCAGAUUCAGCGCUGGAACAGCCACGAGGUGGCAGAAAGGCCGUGUUGCAGCAUCCACAGUCUAGUUCACGAGCAGGCGUUGCUGCAUCCGAACAAACAAUCCGUCCAUGCCUGGGACGAGACGUUCACUUAUACCGAGCUCGACGCUCUGUCCUCUCACUUGGCGGCCUAUUUGCAGAGGCUUGCAAUCGCCCCGGGAAAGCUGGUCGCGGUCUGUUUCGAAAAAUCCGCAUGGGCCAUCGUGGCGCUGCUGGCCAUCAACAAGACUGGCGCUGCCUUCGUGCCUCUCGACCCAUCUCAUCCAUUGAGUCGACGGAACGAAAUUCUAGACAUGAUUAGCCCAGCGUGUAUGAUUACUUCCGUGCAAGAGGCAGUCAACGUACCAGACUGGGUGCCGCACAAGUUAGUUUGUUCGCGCCAGAUGAUGGAAUCCUUGAGAGACGAAAGAGAAUAUCGGGAGCCCUUCACCGACCCAGAUAACCCUGCAUACUGCUUCUUUACGUCAGGGAGCACCGGCACACCCCGAGGUUGUGUUGUCGGCCAUGCGGCGCUUUCCUCUGUGGCAAAUCACAGUCAAGCCCUACGAAUUAGCAACCGGAGCCGAGUUCUCCAAUUUGCAUCAUUUACCUUUGGAAUCUCGCUCAUCGAGAUUUGGUGCACUUUGACCGCAGGAGGAACCAUCUGCAUGCCGUCGGAAGACGAUCGGUAUAAUCGGCUCGCUGGCGCAAUCACGGACAUGCAGGCUGACUGGGCGCUAAUGACGCCAACGGCUCUCCAAGUUCUCAGUCCGCAUCAGGUUCCAUCUCUUCGGACCAUUGGCAUGGCCGGUGAGCCGCCCCGAAAAGCUCAGAUUGAGAUGUGGGCCAAGGCUGUCUAUCUUUUUCAGGCCUAUGGCCUAACGGAGUGGGCAGGUAUCUGCGCUGUUUCAGAGCAGAUUCGCACUCCGGAGUCGAAUAGUAUUAUCGGCAGAUGUGCCGGGGGAAAGCUCUGGCUGGUGGACCCUGAAGACCAUCAUCGUUUGGCCCCAAUUGGCGCAGAAGCGGAAUUGCUCAUCGAGGGGCCUAGCUUAGCGCUGGGAUACCUGAAGGAACCGGGACGAACGGCUGAGGCCUUCAUCUCCCCGCCGUCAUGGAUGGCUUCAUUUAUUGGGGAGGGUCAACAGUCCCGACGGCUGUACAGAACGGGAGAUCUAGUUCGGUACCAAUCGGAUGGGAGUGUUGCCUAUCUAUCCAGGAAAGGAACCCAGGUGAAGGUACGAGGCCAGCGUGUCGAGCUUGGCGAGGUUGAAUAUCAUAUUGCCCGGCGAACGCCUACCGUCAAGAAGGUCAUUGCGGAGAUCGUGGAACCGGCGGACUCCGACGGACACGGUCACCCCACUUUGGCAGCCUUCCUCCUCAUUGACACUUGUAGGAAUGGUCUAUCAGAGCACGGCGAGGUGGAGGAAUCAUGGUUUACCCCCGCGAAUGGCAAACUGCGGGAAAGCAUCCAAGAACUUAGAAGCUCUCUAAACGAGGCCCUGCCGCCCUAUAUGGUCCCGGACCUUUUCAUCCCCACGCGCUACGUCCCUGUCACCGUUUCUGGCAAGGUCGACCGUCGGCGGCUGAGGGAGAGGGCUCAUCUGUACUCGCGAGAGCGACUGGUGGCGUUGACAAAGACGAUUCGGCCCAGCAGAGUCGCUCUAACUGAAAGCGAGCUCCAAAUCCAGCAAUGGACGGCCCAGGUACUCAACGUGCCCCUAGAACGAGUGGGACUCACCGACUUGUUCUUUGACCUAGGAGGGGACUCAGUCAGAGCCAUGAAGCUGGUCGGAUUGGCCCGCCAAAACCAUUAUCACCUGAACGUCGCCGACAUAUUCAAGUAUCCCCGCUUGGUCAAUCUAGCAGAGUUGUUGGACAAACGGCGCAUCGAUCAGCGAGCUGCAGAGCCAAGGGCACCCGUAAAGCCAUUCCAACUUCUCAAAGACGCGGCGGACGAAGUGGCAAGAAAUCGCCUCCUCCUGGAGGUAUCAACGCAAUGUCAUGUCCCACCGGAGGAUAUCGAAGAUAUAUACCCUUGUACACCAAUGCAGGAGGGCCUGAUCGCUCUCUCCGCCAACCGCCCUGGUGCAGGUGUUGCGCGCUUUGUAUUUACUUUGCAGCGCGCUGUGGAGAUACCGCGCCUCCUGACUGCGUGGCAGCAUGUGAUGGAUAGCAACCAGAUUUUGCGAACCAGAAUCGUACAGACAAAGGCCAACGGACUACUACAAGUGGUCCUUCGCACCGGCCCAGCCCCUUUAAAUAGGGCAAACGAUGAGCUGGAGACAUACCUGCGAGAGGUGGGAGCGCAUACAAUGGCAACUGGUGAUAUCCUACUAGAGGCAGCCUUGGUAAAUGCAUCCCGGGAAGCUAAAUUCGUUAUAACAAUUCACCACGCUCUCUGUGACCGCUGGUCCAUGCAGCUUGUGCAGCAGCAGCUUGAAUACAGGUACCUCCGUCAGAUAGCCGUUGCACCAACCCCUUCGUUUGCGACUUUCGUAUCCCAUACCUGUGUCCACCAGGACGAGGAGCAGCUACGCAAAUACUGGCAGCAACAGUUCGCCGGCCUCGAUGCAGGCGUACUACCCGCUAUUUCAUCCGUACAGACGCCGAUAGCCGACAGCAACCAUACCCGUGUCCUCCGACUCUCGACGGACGUGCACAAAGGAUAUACAAAAUCGACACUGCUCCAGGUGGCCUGGGCCAUCGUGCUUGCUAAUCACACCUCCUCAUCAGAUGUCGUCUUUGGCAUCACGGUAACCGGGCGCGGUGCAGCUGUCAAAGGGGUUGACCAGAUGGUCGCACCGACAAUUGCUAAUGUGCCUCUGCGUGUUCAGCUAAGGCCUCAUGAGACCCUUCUCGAAACCUUGACCAAGCUCCAAACACAAUUGGGGGAGAUGAUUCCGUUCGAGCAGGCAGGUUUACAAAAUAUUCGGAGGUACAGUGAGGAGGCUGAGGCUCGCUGCCGAUUUCAGAGUCAUCUGGUCGUCCAACCGGCCUGGGACCACGCUACCUCCAAGUCUACGCUUUGGUCAAACGUUCAGGCUGAUUCUACCGUCGUCGGGGGCUUUGCCGCUACUGCGUUAGCUUUAGUGUGUAGCCUAAACGAAGACAGCCCUGAGAUUUACAUUGAGGCGAACUUUGAUGCGCGUAUUCUUCCGGCUGAAAGGGUCCGUCUGAUGCUUGACCUCUUCGAAGCCGUCAUUCACCAGGCAGUUAUCAAUCCAGAAACCACCCUAGACGGCCUUCCCUCUGUAACUGACAGUGAGUUGCAGAGGAUGAAGGCCUGGAAUGAACGAUCACCGCUGAUGGUUACCGGUACCUGCAUAACGGAUCUUCUGGAGCAGCAUUUUGUGCAGCGACCAGAGCAUACCGCAGUUCGCUCAUGGGACGGCAAUUUUACGUUUGGGGAACUUGACCGGCUGUCGAGUAAGAUCGCUGCCGGUUUGGUGAGCCAGGGGCUGGGAGCAGGGCACUAUGUUCCCAUCUUUCUGGAUCGCAGUAAGUGGACAGCAGUAGCCAUGGUCGCGGUGAUCAAGGCAGGGGCUGCUUUCAUGCUGCUGGACCCUGCCCACCCGGAUGACAGACUACGAUACAUUUGCACCUCGCUCCGGGCUGAAUUUGUCAUAUCAUCAAAGACCAUGCUUCCUCGCAGUACAACCCUUGGCCCACAAAUAGCCUUCAUUGAGAAGGAGCUGAACCGUGAGCCGCUGACAACGGCGCGGAGAGUACAGCCACAUCAUGCUCUCUACGCAGUCUUUACAUCCGGAUCCACUGGGACGCCCAAGGCCGUCGUAAUCGAGCACCGGAACUUUGGCGCCAGUGCCGUUGCGCACAACCGAGUGCAUGCUAUCAAGCAUACGUCCCGUGUGCUUCACUUUGCCUCUCAUGCUUUUGACAUCAGUAUUAUGGAGACGUUAAGCACGCUUCUGGCUGGGGCUUGUGUUUGCAUCCUUUCAGAGUCCGAGCGGAAAGACUCGUUCCUAGAUACUGCCAACCGGUUUCAGAUAACUCACGCAUUCCUGACCCCUUCCCUGGCUCGAACAUUGGACCUCAGUCAGCUGGCAUCACUGGAAGUAUUGAUAGUCGGUGGGGAGCCCCUGCUGCCCUCCGAUCUUGGCUGUUUGACCGGCCAAAGGUUCCGGUUAGUCAAUGAGUAUGGCCCGGCUGAGUGCGCGGUCACGGCAACCGCACAGCACACCGUUCGAUCCAACAGUGACCCCAGGGUCAUUGGCCUUCCAGUGGGCUGUCGGUGUUGGGUGGUAGACUCGCAGGAUCACCAACGCCUGGUCCCUAUCGGCGCGAAGGGAGAGUUACUGAUCGAGGGCCCUAUUGUCGGCAAAGGUUAUUUGAAUGACGCACAGAGGACUGCAAUGUCAUUUAUUGAACCCCCAAACUGGCACCGCAGGCUGUACCCAGACCAAUCGCCGAUGGGACGACUUUAUAAGACAGGGGAUAUCGUGAGCCAUAUGGACGACGGUACCAUCCGGAUUGUUGGCCGGAAAGACCUCCAGGUCAAGGUCCGCGGGCAGCGCAUUGAGCUCGAGGAAGUCCAAAGCCAUGUUAAGAGAUGCUUUCAGGAAUCAACGGACGCUGUGGUUGAAUUGGUUUCCCUCGGCCCGCAGCGUACUCCAACACUUGUCGCCUUCGUGUGUCUGAGGGACGGUAGUCGCGGUGCUGCACCCCAGGGUCUCAUUCUCUCUCCCGAUGCGUCUUUCCAACGAGGUGCCCACGCAGCGCAUGAGCGCUUGCGCUCAUUGAUUCCGAGCUAUAUGAUUCCACAGUUGUUCCUGCCAGUGUCAUUCAUCCCGUUAAGCGGCAGUGGCAAGAUCGACCGUCGUCGUCUCCACGAGGCCGCCGAACAUUUGACUGUCGAUGAACUCCAGAGGCACCGGCAGGGUGACAUAUCCAAAAUACCCCCGUCUACGCCAGAUGAACGAGUCCUGCAGGAAGUAUGGGCACAGGUGCUAGGUCUAGAGCGGGAGUCUGUGGGCGUUCAUGACAACUUCUUCUACUUGGGCGGGGAUUCCAUCAAGGCCAUGGCGGUUGGAACUUGCUGCCGCUCCAGGGGGCUGCAACUGGCAGUCAGCCAGGUCUUUUCACAUCCGAUCUUGCUUGAUCAGGCGAAGCUUCUAAGUUCUGCUACCGGGUCUAUAUCAGCUGUGGACCCACCCCCGUUCUCUCUGGUGGAUAAGGGUACAAAGGAGGCGCUGGUUCAAAUCGCGGAGAAAUAUCAGAUUUCUCCAAGGCAGAUCGAAGAUAUCUACCCCUGCACCCCUCUUCAGGAAGGUUUUCUGGCUAGCACCGCACGCGACUCGACUGCUUAUGUUGGCCAAUGGAUUUACCAGUUACCGCCGCACGUCGAUCUUUCGAAACUGAGGAAGGCAUGGGAGCAUGUGGCAGGCUCUCAUCCGAUCCUGAGGACACGCAUGAUGCAGGCGCCCGACAAUCGACUCUACCAGGUAGUUCUGUGCGAUCCGCAGAUCCCUUGGGAGGUGACGGAGGACUUCACCGAGUCUCAAAUGAACAAAGCUCGCCAGCGCAUGCAGCCAGGACGGCCCAUGGCGUACUUUAUGGUGUGUCCGGGAAACGAAACCAGGCGACCGCGGUUACACUUGACGAUGCAUCAUGCCAGCUACGAUGCUAUCUCAAUGACACAUAUCUUCCGAGACGUAGAGGCAUCAUACUGUGGUCAGCUCACGUUGACACCCCGUCCCUUUUCGCCCUUUAUUCGCUUCCUCCAAGACGAAGCCGCAGGCCACGAGAAUUUCUGGAGACAAACAUUUGCAGGUCUUGAGGCCAUCCCAUUCCCAGAGCUGCCGUCCGUCACCUAUCGCCCAGCCCCUUCGAGCGUGAUUGAACAAGAAACAACGCUCGGCAAUAUUACCCGUCAAGGCAGCGGAGCCACAAUCACCACCAAGAUCCUGCUCGCCUGGGCCAUUGUACAGUCUCGGUACCAGCGCAGCCGCGACGUGGUUUUCGGAGUUACCGUCUCUGGUCGGUCCGCACCUGUUCCUGGGAUCGAAACGAUGACUGGGCCUACAAUUUCGACCAUCCCUCUACGCGUGCUGAUGGAUGGAGAAGCACCACUGGCACAGAUGCUGCAGCACGUGCAGGAUACGCGGACGAACACCAUUCCCCACGAGCAUACCGGCCUGCAGAAUAUCCGCCGAUUUGGGGAUGAUGCGCAGGCCGCCUGUUCUUUCCAGACUCUCCUGAUUGUACAACAAGAGGAAGGCGAAGAUGUCGGCAUGUUCCAGCUGGGCGAGUCCUUAACCGAGUGGACGUCCUUCAGUAACUAUGCCAUCCUGCUGUCUUGUCACGCGCGCAAGAAUGGUACCAUCCAGCUUCAAAUGUCUUUUGAUCCGCAGGUAGUUGCUGAGCGCCAGAUGCGACGAGUCCUAUCGUACUUUGUAGAUGUGCUCGCGCAAAUAAUGAAUGGACCGCCAAACAUCCGGGUGCAAGAGGUCCAACCCCUCAGUCGUUCUGACAAGGCAGAGAUCAUUUCGUGGAACAGCAGAAUGCCACCGGUCAUAUCGCACCACUGUGUCCACGACAUUAUUCAAGAGCGAUGUGAGCAAUAUCCGGAUGCCCCGGCAGUCUGUGGAUGGGAUGGCGAGUUUUCGUACAGAGAGCUUGAUGCAUUGUCGUCCUCAUUGGCGCAACACCUGGCCGCCCAUGGAGUCCACCUGGAGACUGCUGUACCGCUGUAUUUCGAGAAGUCAAGGUGGACGAUAGUCGCAAUCAUGGCAGUGCUCAAGGCCGGCGGUGCUUUUGUCCUUCUUGAUCCGUCACAUCCGUUUAACCGGCUCCACGCCAUCUGCGAGCAACUCCAGGCGCCCGUUAUCCUGGUAUCUGAGACAUAUUCGGCGGCCGGGGCGUCACUUUGUAAGGAUCACAUCAUCGUGGGCGAGCAUCACCGCCAAUGGAUUAACGAUCUUGCACAUUGGUGUGCCCCUCAAAGUCGUCCCCAGCAGGCCUUGUACAUUGUUUUCACCUCCGGAUCAACGGGACAACCCAAGGGGGUGGUUAUCGAACACGGCUGCUACUGCACUGCCGCCGCCGCCCAUAUUCCGGUCCUAAAUCUCAGCAGUUCUUCCCGAGUAUUGCAAUUCUCUGCAUAUGCGUUCGAUGUCAGCAUUAUGGACAUCCUAAGUACUCUCAUGGUGGGCGGCUGCGUGUGUAUACUGUCCGAAGCGCAACGUCGUGAUGGUUUCGUAGCUGCGGUUCAAGCCAUGCGCACCACCCACGCUAUGCUAACCCCGACUUUUGCGCGAACAAUUGCCGACUACCAGGAGCUAUAUUCACUUGAGGUUCUGUCACUAAUUGGCGAAAAGGUCAAGGCUAUAGAUGUCUCGAUGUGGGCCGAUCGGGUCAGAUUUCUCAAUACAUAUGGGCCAGCAGAGUGCUCCGUCGUUUCCACGAUUCAGGAUAAGAUCACCCAUCAGACCAACCCAAGCAAUAUUGGAUUCGCCACGGGAGGGACCUGUUGGGUGGUUGACCCGGAGAAUCACGGAGUGCUUGCCCCGAUUGGGGCCCCUGGAGAACUGGUGAUUGAGGGUGCACUCGUCGCGCGUGGUUAUCUUAAUGCUCCGGGCAAGACAGCAGAGGUAUUUAUCCAGCCUCCGCCCUGGCUCCGAGAGGCACGAGGUGGGCGGUCUUCUCGUCUGUACAAGACUGGAGAUAUUGUUAAAUAUGACAGUGAUGGCUCCCUGGUCUACCUUGGUCGCAAGGACUCUCAGGCCAAGGUGCGAGGGCAGCGCCUAGAACUGGGCGAGGUGGAAACCCAUGUACAGCAGGCAUUUCCCGGGGCAACGGACGUCGUGGCUGAAGUCAUAGAGUUUGAUCAUGGGCAGAGUGCCCUCGUUGCGUUUGUCCUGAGAGCCGAAUGCCCAGCCGAGGGCCUCUUGCAGCCGUGUAGCGACAUCUUCGUCGCUGAUGCCCUGCAAGCAGAGACACGUCUUGAGAGCAUAGUGCCGAGCUACAUGAUUCCUGCCAUCUAUCUGCCACUCUCACACAUGCCAUACGGUGCUAGUGGCAAAGCAGAUCGUCGACAACUACGGAAGGUGGCAGCUGCCCUGUCGCAGCAGGAGCUUCAGGCCUAUCGACGGAGUUCGGAUGGGGGUGAAAAGCGAGUAACGACCGAACCGGAACGCAUUCUGCGAGACGUAUGGUCUGAGAUACUCCAGCUCCCGGCGUCGAGCAUUGGGGCUGAGGACUCUUUCUUCCGGUUGGGCGGCGACUCAAUCAUGGCCAUGAAGGCGGCACCAUUGGCAAGGGAGCAUGGACUACGUAUUACAGUGGCCGACAUUUUUGAUAAACCGAAGCUCAGGGAUCUCGCCGCCGUGGGAGCCCAGCAUCCAGAUGAUGUGGCGGGCGGCCCUGACCAAUUCGUUCCCCCAAUGUCCUUGUCCCCAAUCCAAGAUCCUGCCCGGUACUUUAAGUGUCUCCGCGCACUGGGUCUGGUAUCGUCCCAAGCAGAGCUGGUGGACCUUUUUCCAUGCACGGAGGUGCAGUCGUUCUUCUUGGUCCGUCAAACGACACACCAUUACACGUUCUCCCUCACGGGGACGGUCGAUGUUGACCGUCUCCGCGAGGCCUGCAAAGUUGCCCUGAGGAAGCACACGAUUUUGCGAACGCUCUUCACGAUGCACGACGGUCAGCUCAUUCAGGUGGUCCUUCGUGGCAUGGAGCUCCCUUUCCAGCAUGUUGCUGACCUUCCCGACGUCGCCGAGUUCCAGCAGUCGUUGUGGCAGGCGGAUGCCACCGGAAACAAGGUGUUACCGAGCCUACCAACCCAGUUUAUCCUGCUGUCCAGUCACGAUAAGCGACACCAUACCUUCAUCAUUCGCCUUCUCCAUGCGCAAUGGGACGCCGUCUCAAUCCCGGUUCUAUUUAACGAUAUAGCCGUUGCUUACAAUGACGGUUCCAUCCCUCAAGCAGUCGUCGAUUACUCUGCUUUCCUGUAUGAAAGAACACAGCAGCCACGAGACGCAGCUUUAGGCUUCUGGCGCAGUCUGUUGAAAGGCUCAACCCUAACUGCGCUCCCGCCCUCGGAUCAAACUAUCCCCACCAGCGCGGUGACGACCCUUUGGGAGAACCAGGAUGUCUCGCCGCCCCCAGAGCCGCCUGCAGGGGUCACAAUGGCGACAUUGAUCAAAGCGGCGUGGGCUCACGUCCUCUGGCAGAAGACCGGUCACCUCGAUGUCACCUUCACCCAGACAGUGAAUGGACGCAGCCUGCCCCUGGCCCACGCCGACAAGGUGCUGGGGCCCUGCAUCAAUUUUAUUCCAGUGCGGGCGUCAAUCGAGCCCUAUUCCAUGACCGCCCGCGAGUUGCUCCAGCACCUCCAGGAGCAGCACACCCGCAGUAUGCGCCACGAUUUUGUCGAGUUUGGCGACAUUGUGCGCAAUGCCACCUCCUGGCCAGCGACGACGGAAAUACAAUCCAUUGUUCAGCAUCAAAACUUUGAUAGUGAUUAUAAGCUACCCUUGGGUGGCGUGGGGUCCACCUUCUCGCUCACGCACAAUUUCACGGCGCUGUCGGAGCUUUUCGUGUUUACCUAUCCAUUGAAGGACCGGCUGCUUGUCCAGGUCUGCGUCUCAACUGCAGUCAUGUCCCAGCCGGAAGCUGCUGGCUUACUGGCGACAUUGUGCACCACCAUUGAAAGGUUGGCCCGAUUUCCAGAUCGAUACCUUGGGGAUCUGCUUUCUUAG